CACGGCGCGUUCCCGCGUGCGGGCCGGGAGCCCUUCCCCUUCCCUUCCCUUCCCCGGGCCUCCCCCACUGCCUCCCCCUGCCCCGCGUCCCUCGCAGGGCGCCGGGCCGGCGCGGGGGUCUGUGUGCCGCGCAGGGCGGGAGGGAGGGAGGGAGGCGGGGAGGGGGAGAGAGAGAGAGAGAGGCUGAGCCAGAUCUUCAUGCCACUGCAGGCAGCAGCAGCAGCAGCAAAACUUCUGAAGGUUUGCAGAAGACAGGAGGAGAACCACCAAGAAGGCUAUUGCAGUAUUGUCAAUUCCAGAAGUCUGGUACCGGGACUGCUACUCCAGCUUCCUUGUUGCUGCUUGUGUCUAGGCCUUAUCCCAAUGCUACUUGACUGUCGAAUGUGCAGAGAAUAUCAUUCUAAGGACAGCUGUCUUCUUUGUGUUUGAGCACCUGCCACUAUAUAAAUACCCUUUGGUUGGAAUUUACUAUUGCCAAUAUGUAUCAUUAUGUGUCUGAAACCAGUCACCCUUUGCAAACAGAGGAACAAGAAAUAGGCAUUGAUCCCUUGCAGAGUUAUUUGCGCAAGCCAGGGGAAGGAGGAUCAAAUGAAAAUGGAAGCACACACCACACCUCAGAUUCUGAUGGAACAUUUCUUUCUUACAGUAAAGAAUGGGAAGAACUAUUUGUAAACAACAAUUACUUGGCAACUAUACGGCUGAAGGGGAUUAAUGGGCAGCUGAGAAGCAGCAGGUUCCGUAGUGUUUGCUGGAAGUUAUUUCUGGAGGUUCUACCCCAAGACAGAAGUCAAUGGAUUAAAACCACUUCAGACUUAAGAACUUCUUACACUAAGAUCAAAGAAAUUCACAUUACAAACCCUCGGAAAGCAGGGCAGCAAGAUCUGAUAAUCAACAACCCACUCUCUCAGGACGAGGGGAGCCUUUGGAAUAAAUUUUUCCAGGAUAAAGAGCUUCGAGCAAUGAUUGAACAAGAUGUGACAAGAACCUUUCCUGAAAUGCAGUACUUCCAGCAAGAAAAUGUGAGGAAAAUUCUUACAGAUGUUCUGUUCUGCUAUGCCAGAGAAAAUGAGCAGUUACUUUAUAAACAGGGUAUGCAUGAACUUUUAGCUCCCAUUGUCUUUAUCCUGCAUUGUGACCACCAAGCUUUUUCACAUGCCAGUGAAGCUGCACAACCAAGCGAGGAAAUGAAAGUUCUUUUGAAUCCUGAAUAUCUGGAACAUGAUGCCUAUGCAAUGUUCACAUGUCUUAUGAAAACUGCAGAACAUUGGUUUUCAACUUUUGAACAUGACAGUCAGAAGGAGAAAGAUGUGAUGAUUACACCUAUGCCAUUUGCAAGGCCACAGGACUUAGGCCCAUCUAUUGCUAUUGUAGCAAAGGUAAACCAAAUUCAGGAUCAUCUGCUGAAGAAACAUGAUAUUGAGCUGUACAUGCAUCUGAACCGACUGGAAAUUGCUCCACAGAUUUAUGGACUGCGAUGGGUAAGGCUCCUGUUUGGACGUGAAUUCCCACUUCAGGACCUUCUGGUUGUCUGGGAUGCUCUAUUUGCUGACAGUAUCACCCUGAAUUUAGUUGACUACAUUUUUGUAGCCAUGUUGUUAUAUAUUAGAGAUGCCUUGAUUUCAAGUAAUUAUCAGACCUGUUUGGGACUUCUGAUGCAUUAUCCACCUAUUGGAGAUGUUCACUCCCUUAUCCUAAGAGCACUUUUUCUCCGAGAUCCAAAGAGAAAUCCAAGACCAGUGACUCAUCAAUUCCAACAAAAUUUAGAUUAUUACAAAGCUCGUGGAGCAGACUUGAUGAACAAAACCCGCGCCAGUGCUAAGGCUGCCCCACUGAACAUUAACAAAGUCUCCAACAGCUUACUGAAUUUUGGCCGAAAGCUCAUUGCUCCAGCUAUGUCUUCAGGCGGGGCUGUGGGUGCUCCUGCCAGUGGCAGCAGCUUUCCUCCCCCUGCAAUGCCCAUCAGAAGCACAGUGGAAGCCCCCCACCACCACCACCAGCACCACCACCAGCACCACCACCAGCACCACCAGGCACAGCAGCAGAGGAUGAUGAAGUCCGAAAGCAUGCCAGUUCAGCUGGGCAAAGGCGAGGCAGGCGCCGGCAGCGAGGCUGGGCCGCCGGGCCCCGGGCGGCAGCGGCCCCCUGCCCUCCCAGGCCAAAGUUCAAAAAACAUCAGUUCAUCUCCAAGCAUAGAGAGCUUGUCUGGAGGACGUGAAUUUACAGGAUCUCCACCUUUGUCUGCAUCAAAAAAGGAUUCCUUUUUCAGUACAAUCUCCCGCUCCCGUUCCCAGAGCAAAACUAUGAGCAGAAAAGAAUCGGAGGAGGAAUUGGAGGCCCAGAUUUCAUUUCUACAAGGACAACUAAAUGACUUGGAAGCCAUGUGCAAAUAUUGCGCAAAGAUGAUGAACACACAUCUUGGAAAUAUUCAGGAAGUCAUAUUACAAGAACACUUGGAAAAAGAGGAUGAAAUUCUGGUUUCCUUGGCUGGUUUGAAGCAGAUCAAGGAUAUCCUGAAAGGUUCGUUGCGUUUCAACCAGAGCCAGCUGGAAGCUGAAGAAAAUGAGCAAAUCACUAUAGCCGAUGAUCAUUACUGUUCCAACAGUCAGAACAAGGGGACAGGUGAUGUCCUAAAGGGACCUGUUAUGACAAAGCAACAGUUCGUCUCAGGACGACAGACUACGACUGAUUCGAGCACCAGUGAGAACAAGAGUGCUGAUGACUAUAUUAUGGUUUCCAAAGAAGAGGAAGGAAGUAGAAGUGCUGUCCCGGAGCCAGCGCAGUCCCUUCAGGCAUGCAAGGAGGCACCAGCAAAGCCAGAAGCUCCGUCUCGUUCAGCUUUGAUAUUCUCUGACCCACUGAUGGGCUCCAUUUCACCCUCCUCCAGCAACCUGAGCUCCAGCCCUGAUGACGACAGUAGUAAUAACAGCAAAGAUUCUGACUUUGCUAUUGUCAGCCCACUGGACAUCUAAAGAAACAGGUUGGGAGAGUUUGGGAGGUCGAUCAUUACAACUCAGCUCAAAUUCCUAUGAUUCACGGGCUGGAUAGUUCUUUGGAUUAGAAGGACAGAAAACAGAUAAAGGUAACCCAUUUCUGCUGCAAAAAGCCUAAAUUAAAAAAAAAAAAAAAAAAAAGCCAAAACCCACAAAUUUGCAACUUCUCAAAAAGAAUAGUCACCUUUUAAUAACUGCCUUAAAUAAAGACCCAGUAAAACCCAGUUCUAAUAUACAGUUACUCUUAAUUAUACGCUUAUCUUACUUAGGAGCUUUGUUACUAUAGAACAGUUGCUUUCCCAAAACAUAGAAUAGUAUGUGCUAGGUACCAUAACGGAUUAGGAAAUGUGUAGAUACUUGGCAUCAGACCUGAAGCAGCAAAGACAAGCUAGAUUUAAUAUCGUCCUUUUACAAAACAUGCUCAACUGGGUUUUCUGAGUAGGAAAGGGUACUGUUUCUUCAGAGACUGUGAUUAGAGAAGUAGAGAAUGUAUAUCAGAAGGAUUAAAAGCAUCAUCCUGGCAGUAAGCUUGUUCUCAGUUGAGGAAUCCUAGUUUCUUCAUUUUCAUCCGGCAGUAGCCUGAGGUGUGUUCAAGGCAGAGGUUUGUGUAGUUGUUCCUCAGCGCUGUCUUACAGGAGAAUGUCUGACAAAUUCCUUGAGAACGGGGACCUAUAUAACAAAGCCUUAUUUCCCUUUGCCUACUUUUUUUCCCCUUGAGAGUUUCCAGUUCACCUCUUUCCCUCUUUAUAUCUGUCUACUUUUACUCCUUCUGGCAUGAAUUAUUUUUUAUUUUACUGAGACUACCAUGGUUAAAACAGUAGGUGCAAGGGAAAUUACAGUAUUUCAUAGUGUAGACCUGAGCCAGCUGAACUAAAACUAGCUUGAGUAUGAUAACUUACCAGGGAAGGGUGCAAAGUGAAAUGAAAUGUCCAUAAUUAAAAGCACUUUAUGUCUCAUUACUAUUAUCUUCUAUAGACUCUGUUUACAUAUAUUCCUAUACAAUUUCCAGAUUUCUAGUCAAGAAAAACAUAAUGGUGCAGCAGCGUUAACCAACAGAAAGUUUCUAAUUAACUCUAGAACUUGUUAUUCUAUGGAAAAGUGUCUUUCUUUCCCAUCACGUACAUAGUACAUCUAAUAACAGUUUUUUCAAGUAGAUAAGGGGGAAGUGGUUUGUACUCUCUGAUCCCUUUAAACUCUGUUGGAAUUCACAAAAGGAGACUGGUGGUGAGUGGACACCUCCUCUUGCAGGACCUACACAGAGCUAGCUUGAGGAAGGAAUGCUAGAAAGUCACUCCAUAACAGCAGCAAAAAAAAAUUGCAUUAUUUACUUUUUAGACACAUAUACAUUAUACUAUGCCACAACUUCAUAAUUGCAUGGCAAAGCUUGUGUUUGUAUGGAAUUAAGAAAUGGUAGUUAUUUGCUGCUUAGUCUGUAAUUGUAAAUGGAGUUAAGUACCAUAUUCCAAAGAUGAGGUGACAUGUAGUUUGUUGGUCUUACAUUUUACAAGGUCUGUGUCAGUCGCUGAACUGAAGAGAUAAUUGUCAUGUAAUUACAUGGUAGCUGCCAUAUCCUUAUAUGUUCAAAAGCCGCCAUGUAGUUCUUCUGAGAUUAUUUGUGCCUUGUAAAAUGAUAAAAUACUAGAAUGUUAUGAGCAGGCAUAGCAUCAUACUUUUCUGCGACAGAGUGAUAUGAACAGUCAGAUGACUGUUUAGAUGAAAGAUCUUAAAUGCAUAACAUUUCGGAGAGAUGUUUAUUUUGGUUUAAUUUUAAGCUUCAUAGAAAAUCACUUUGGAAUUCAGCAUGCAUGCCUGUCUUCAGGUUUAUUUUAUUUUAUUUCCCUGACUUUACAUGAUUGCCAGGGGAUUAGGUGGCUGUUGAUUUAUUUAGGUCUUUCAAGCUUUUCUAGCCUUAACUCAUUCAGCAAGGCUUGUGCCACACCACCCACAAAGGGGAAUCUGUUCAAGAAGUACCUAUGGAAAGAGGAAAGAAAUAUUCUGGGGACAGAGAGAAAAGUUUUAUCUUCUGUGAUACAUAAACCUUCAAAGAUUCCAGUACUUUGGCAGGAGAAAAUGUUUUUACUUCUUUUUUAUUUUUUUUAAGCAUCAUUCUUUUGAUUUCUGUUCUGGUUGUUUGUUUCAGGGAUCACAUUACUAUUUUCUUGAACAGUCUCGUUGCCAAUGGAAGAGUGUGAUUUGUACAGUUCUUUUAUUUUUGUAAGUUAGUUGUAUCUCUAAUACUGCAUAUUUUAAAACAGCACUAAAAGUAUAUAAAGAUUUGGGGAGUUUCUAACAAGUUUUCACUAAUCAGUGAAUACCGAUGAGCUGAAUGCCUAUCAUGCCGUGGGAUAUGAUAAAAGUCUUCAGAAGCAAAGAGAUGAUUAUACAAAUAAGAUCAGAGCAAAUUCCAGUAAAUGAAUCUACUUUGGUUAUACCAUUUCCUUCCACAUCUCAAAUAUGUUGUCUCUGAUAGUUGAUCAUAGUGCGGAGAUAGUUAGAAUUUUGUAUAUUCAUUAAGUUAGAAACUUGUAAGUUAGACAAAAUGUCAAAUCAUCACCCUGUCUUGCGUUAUGUUAAGAAUAUACAGAGAAAGAAAUUGUCAUUUAAAAUACAAGAUUAUUCUUUUUCUCUGAAGAUGACCUGCUCAUAAUGUUCAUGGAUAACAGUAAUCAGAUAGAAAAAUUACAUGCAUUGCAAAUUACUGAUGAAACCUAAUAUGGGAUUAAGAUAUGUAUCUGAGACUGUUGUACUGUAUCUCACAUCUGUAAUUUAUGACUGUUUAAAGUCUUUUGCAUGUCAUGUCAGUUGUAUGUACUGCAGAACGGCAGUAUCAUAUUUUGACUGGGUAUUCAUUUAGUCGUGGAACUUUGUAUCUUUACUCUGGAAGAACAUCUAGCCCGCUUUAUUAAAGAGAGAAUUAACAAAUUUUCUGGGCUGUGCUUGUGCUGUUUUCUCAAAAAAGAGGGAAAACUUUUUGACUAGAAUACUGGUAGUAUGAUUUCUGAGAACUUAUUAAAAAUUUUAAAACUAUCUCAUUAUCUAUAUAAGCACAAAGAUUAUUAAUAUUUUAAUCAGAUUUUAUAUAUAUAUGAUCCAGGGAAUAAAACUGCUUGUCAUUUCUCUCACCCAAACAACAUAGAACAUUUCCUAUUUUACCAUAUUUAUUCUAUCUGAAAAUGACAUACCAGAUUUUAACGUGGUAUAACUUUUCUGCAAUUUCAUGAAACUUGGUAUAGUUACAUCAUCGUGUCUCAGUCACAGUGCCAGUAUCUGUACAGUACUUUUCUGAAACUCAGUAUGUUAUUUCACAUUCUCCAGUAUGUUCUCCUCAUUAGAUGGCACUGAGGCAGCUAUUUAAAAGAUUAAAUUUCAGAUUUAAGGUGUACUUGUGCCUGGCAGUUACAGUGUCACCUGUUCAAAUAUGGACAGCAAUCCUAACAUGAACAGAUUUCUGAGUUCUGGGUGUCAGCCCUUAAAUAAUACUUUUGAUUUUGUGCUGCAUGUGUUGGUCUUGAGUGAAUGUCUGUAAUGGUUUAUUAGACUUGAAAAGGUGCGAUUUCAUAAAAUAAACUUCAUUUGGCUAUGGAAUAGUAA